UCUUUAUUGGCGGCGCUUGCGACAUUUCUCUAUGCAGCAAUAACGUCAACCUGCUGUAUGAGCUGUGUCAUGCAAACUGUCACUAAACUUGAUCAUUUUCAGGAUAUUUAUGUACUUCUUUCCUUAACCGAUUCUACAAGUGAGAGUAGACGAUUUAUUUAAAGCAAUGGACUGAAACAGGGGACGACGAAAAGAUCUAUCCACUCAGUGCAUGGAAAUACUCGUGUUUUUUCGCAAGAUAACUUUCUACUACUGAAAUGACCAACCUGGCCUGCACAUCUCCAGUUAUUAAGGCCUCUCUGUUUAUUCUCUUGUGUUCAGAAAUUGCGAGACCAUCACAGGCAAAAAAUGAAUGUCAGUGUGAUGUCAAGUCACAAUGUGACUGUGAUGGCGUGAAAGGAGAAAGGGGUGAAAAGGGCUUCCCAGGGAUAACUGGCCCUGAAGGAAAAACUGGUUUCCCAGGGACUGAAGGACCUCCUGGACAUCAAGGUCCAAUGGGGGAAACAGGAAGACCUGGUCUUAUAGGUUCUAAAGGGGCUCAGGGCCCGCCUGGAAUACCGGGAUUCAUCGGACAUCAUGGGGAGCCGGGAAUCCCAGGAAAACCAGGGAAAAUGGGGCCUCCAGGAAUCCCAGGAUGCAAUGGGACAAAGGGUGACUUGGGAUCCCCAGGGUGUAUUGGUCCAUCUGGAUGUGAAGGACCUCCUGGUCUCCGAGGAAUACCUGGACCCAAGGGUGCCUGCUAUUUCUUUGAAGAAAAAGAGGUAGUAAAAGGUGAAUGUGGGCUGCCAGGAAUAAAGGGGAAAAUGGGUCAACCAGGGAAUCCUGGCAUUCUCGGUGCACCUGGACCGGCAGGGCCAUGCGGCAGGACAGGAUCACUGGGACAACCUGGUGCACCAGGAGAAAAGGGUAUCGAAGGCCGUCCUGGUGCUUUUGGAUCUCAAGGGCAGAAAGGUAGUCGAGGCCCACAGGGGACACCAGGGAAGGAAGGAAAGAAGUUAUUCAUAGAAGGACACCGAGAACUAAAGGGUGAACCAGGAGAUCCAGGAUUCAAGGGCCACCGUGGUAACCCUGGUUCACCAGGACAAUUUGGGUUAAAGGGAGUAAAAGGUCUUCGAGGAGAAUGUGGCCAAGAGGGGCCACCUGGGAAGGCAGGAGUGUCUGGGUCUUGUGGUGAUUGGGGAUCAAAAGGAGCAAAAGGUUGCACUGGCGAAAUAGGGGCACCGGGGGCACCAGGCUACAGAGGAGAUCCAGGCCCCACUGGUCUCCCUGGAGAACUGAUUAAGAUGCCCAGGAAUACUAAAGGAGAGACAGGAAUACCUGGAUGUCCAGGUCUCAAGGGGAAGCAGGGUCAUGAAGGUUUUUGUGGUUUAGCUGGUCCGCCAGGCCCUCCAGGGUGGGAGGCCCCUGGUCCCCCUGGAGUGCGGGGCCCUCUGGGGUGUAUUGGUCCGAAAGGAGAGAAAGGUGACUGCGCUGCCCCCGUCAUUGGUCCGCCAGGACCGUGUGGGCCUCAAGGAGUGGCCGGUCCCCCUGGUGACCCAGGACCCCCUGGGCAAGCAGAUCCUCUAGAAGGCCGAUUAGGACCCCCAGGGAAACAGGGACACAAGGGCAUAACAGGGUGCCAAGGAGUGAAUGGAAAGAUUGGACCACUUGGUCAAAAGGGCGAAACUUGCACAGUGUGUCCCUUACCACAGUAUGAGCCCGGCCCCCCAGGACCCCCUGGGGAUCCAGGCACAUGUGGAUUGACAGGUGAAGAUGGAAUGCCUGGUCCGAAAGGUAUCCAUGGUAGAAAAGGGAAUCAAGGUCAACCUGGUCCACCGGGCUCCAUUGGGUUUCCUGGUGCGAGAGGCCCACCAGGGAUAAAGGGUGUUAUGGGCACCUUUAAUCAGACGGGGGAGAAGGGGGAUCAAGGAUUGCCUGGACAACGUGGUGUCUCUGGAAUGGGUGGUAAAGAUGGGGACUCUGGGAGUCCAGGAGCCAAGGGCCAGCCGGGUCCCAAAGGCUGUCUGGGACCUCCAGGCCUGAAAGGAGAGCCAGGCCCCUUAGGGCCUCCUGGAACACAGGGGCUUCAAGGAUGUAAGGGGGCGCAGGGUUCACUUGGCUGUGGGCCACCAGGAACUAAAGGAUGCAAGGGAUUCCAAGGUGUUGAAGGUCUUCGAGGGAAACCUGGAGAGCCAGGGGAGAAGGGGUCUGAAGGCAGAUCAGAGGCAACUCCUGGAGAUAGGGGCCCUCCGGGAGAAAAUGGAAAACAAGGAUGCCCAGGGCAGCUAGGAGAUCCUGGGAACAGUGGUUACAGAGGUCAUAUUGGUCCCUGUGGCAGCAAGGGAGAAAGAGGACCAUCUCAUCCAGGUCCGAUUGGACCUACUGGUGUCAAAGGUGAUAAAGGCCAACCAGGCAUUCCAGGUAAAAGAUGCGUGGGUCUCCCAGGACGAGUGGGACUGAAUGGGUGCCCAGGGAUGACAGGGAUAAAGGGAAAAAGUAAAGUCGGACCACAAGGGUCCCCUGGUAGGCAGGGUCCAUCAGGGGAUGAUGGCAGUCCUGGGCCUGCAGGUGACUUUGGGCAGCAAGGUGUGCUGGGUUCUCUUGGACGUCCUGGCCGCAAAGGAGAGUGCGGUGAACAGGGGAGCAAAGGAUGGGAUGGGUCUUGUGGUCCACCUGGAGAUCCAGGGACAUGCACAAAGGGAUUCGAGGGCUCUGUAGGGUGUAUUGGUCAUAAAGGACCCAACGGUGAAACAGGGCCAAGAGGACAUAAAGGGGUAAAAGGAAACUCUGGUGAACCAGGACAGGGUGUUCUGGGUCCAACUGGGGAACCAGGAUGCCCAGGAUUCAAUGGAUCACUUGGCUCAAGAGGACUUAUUGGGCGGAAAGGGUUUCCAGGCCUAUGUGGUCUUCCUGGGUCCCCCGGGGUCAGAGGCCAACCUGGAAGCCCAGGUAAUGCUGGACGUCCUGGGCUUGAUGGCUUCCCUGGUUCCCCUGGAGAACCUGGAAUAAAAGGAACCAUGGGCUGCACUGGGCCAAAGGGCUAUAGAGGCAGCCCAGGACCAGCUGGGGAGCGCGGGAACCCUGGGGCUUGUGGGGUGACGGUCAGCAUUGAUAUUUUGGGAGAUGAUGGGGACUCUGGUAAUCCAGGCAUACAAGGGGGUAUUGGCCUUAAAGGAGACCCAGGAAGUCAAGGACUGAGUGGGCAAUGUGGGAGGAAUGGUAACCCUGGAUGUCCUGGCCAACAAGGUCCACCUGGGGAUCCAGGAGUUGAUGGGCCCAAUGGAAAUAUAGGUUUUCCAGGAGCCAGUGGCGCACCUGGCAAAGCAGGAUUGCCAGGAUGCAAAGGAGCUAAGGGUGAUGCUGGUGCUCAGGGCACCGCUGGCUGUCAAGGACCGAUGGGCGCUCAUGGACUAAAAGGACAAAAAGGUGAACCCAGCCCCCCUGGAUAUGGCCAAAAAGGAGCAAGAGGAGCAAAGGGUGAUCUAGGACAGCAAGGCAUUAAAGGAGAGAAAGGGGAAAUGGGUGAACCUGGAAGCCUAGGACCUCAUGGCCCAUGUGGUUCUCCUGGUCCUAGAGGAAAUGAGGGAUCGCCAGGAAAUGAAGGAAGUCCAGGCUUACCAGGAGAGAGGGGAUCAGAUGGGAAUCAUGGCCUCAUUGGGCUCCCAGGGCCUAAAGGCCUUCAGGGAAACCCAGGUGAGGCUGGUUAUGUAGGACCUGCUGGCCCCAAAGGCCAACAAGGCAGUGAUGGCUUCCCUGGUUCGUUGGGAGAGAAAGGGGAUUUUGGAGCUUUUGUGAUUGGAGAGCUGGGCACAGAUGGGCCAAAGGGUGCAGAAGGUCUGAAAGGAGAUGUGGGUCCCAUAGGCUCCCUUGGAUCUCCUGGUCCCUGUGGAGUCUAUGGAGAAAAAGGCUCCAAAGGACCCCAAGGCCCUCAGGGAAGAACUGGUGCAUGUGGGCAAAAAGGAAUGUGUUAUUCUGGUCGGAAAGGAGACCGCGGGCUUCAUGGUUUGACUGGGCGCAGUGGGCUCAAGGGUUCCAGGGGUCCCCCAGGGCCUCCAGGGCCAGGGCUUAAAGGUGACAAAGGUGACACUGGGGAAACAGGUACAGCUGGGCAACCUGGGGAUAAAGGAGAUCAUGGGGUCACAGGCAGACGUGGAGAAGAUGGCUUGCCUGGUAAUAAGGGACUCAAUGGUGAUACUGGGCCUCCUGGAGAUAAGGGAGAUAUUGGUAUAAACGGGAAUCCAGGCAGUCCAGGACCCAAGGGUAACUCUGGAUCAAAAGGCCCUCAGGGAAAACCAGGUCCAUGUGUUAUGAUAAAUGAUCCAAUGCUCAUCAGCGGGGAGCCAGGUCCAGAAGGAGCUCCAGGGAUCCAAGGAGGGCAGGGACCUGCAGGGAAGAAGGGAACUCCAGGAACAUUUGGACCUACUGGUCAGAAAGGGAUAACUGGAAAGGCUGGAUUUCCAGGACCACAAGGAGUAUUAGGCCAGAAAGGAGAGACAGGUUUGCCAGGGCCACAAGGAUUGCAGGGGCCUCCAGGCCCCCCAGGCAAGAAGGGUAUCCGUGGUCCCCCAGGUGCUUUUGUCCCAAGAAUUUCCAAAAACAGCUUUAUUUUUACUCGACACAGCCAGACAGCUACUGAGCCCAGCUGUCCAGAGGACAGUAAUCAGAUGUGGUCUGGAUUCUCCCUCUUAUUUGUCAAUGGGAACAACAUGGGGCAUGGCCAAGAUCUGGGUGCACUUGGAAGCUGCCUCCCCCAGUUCUCCACUAUGCCCUUUCUAUUUUGCAGCCCUAACAGUACUUGUCACUAUGCUUCUCGCAACGACUUCUCCUAUUGGCUGUCCACAGAUGAAGCAAUGCCUGACAAUAUGGCGCCCAUCUCUGCGCAUCUUCUGAGGCCAUACAUAAGCAGGUGCACAGUAUGUGAAGGGAGUGCAAAUACUAUUGCAUUUCAUAGUCAAUCUACUGAGAUCCCAGACUGUCCAGGUGAAUGGGUGUCUCUUUGGACUGGCUUUUCCUACAUUGUGCAAAUGAGAUCCGGCUCUGAGGGCUCAGGGCAGCCUCUGCAGUCUCCUGGUUCCUGCCUGGAAAAGUUCUAUGAAGUCACCUUUAUCGAAUGCCAUGGGCGCGGCACCUGUAACUACUACGGUGAUUCUUACAGCUAUUGGCUGGCUGCGCUUAACCCUGACAGCAUGUUCCAGAAGCCAGCAGGCCAGAUGGUAAAAUCAGACGUUCCAGGAAGCCCCAUCAGCCGUUGUCGAGUUUGUAUGAAGCAAUAGCCGUAGUAAGCUGUACUUAUGGCAAUACUGGGGUGCGUUCUCUGAUAAGUGUCUCUUAUGUGUUACGAAGACUUGAAAGGUACACUUUACUCAAGUUGUUCUACAUCUGUUCUGCAAACUGUCCCUAAGAGUUUGCCUAGGGAUAACUUCUUAAAUGUGAUGUAACUAGGCACCCUCCAUAGGGAUGGUGCCAGACUGGUUGACACUGUUGACUCAAGAAUCAAUUAUUCCAUUCAUGCAUCAACUGCUUGACUGUGGUAUGAGAGAAAGAUGUGUUCUUUAGUAACACAGCAGAACUGCUUCAGAAUAUUACAUUAAUCAGAACUGAGAAACUAAAAAUACAGUACAAAAUUAACAAAUUGAAUCAUCUAACGGUAAAUAUGAUUUUUUUACCAAUUGGGUACAGGAACCCACCUCCUCAAAUCUAUUUUAACACCAUUUAAUUUUUGUUUGUUCUAUAAAACAUAUGUGUGUAUGUCAUUGAUACUGGGACAUGCCAUGGCACAGUAUCCAAAAGAAAUGUUGUGUUACUGCCUUAUAAGAGAAUGUCCAGUGUGCUACAAUGACUAAUAAGGACUAUUCCAGGGUGUUUUUGAGGAAAAAUACAUUAUACUUUUAUCUAAAUGAACCUGCAGUGUCAACUCUUUAAAAUCAUGAACCAAAGUUGUGGUAUCGUAUGACUUUCCCACAGUAGAGAAGUAUGUCUAUUGCAAGGGUGUCAAAAAUAGGGUGAACACCCCCCGCAACAAACAAAUAAACAAUAAAUAAAUAAUGAAUUAAUGAAUGAAAUUAAUAUUUUGGAAAAUAUCAUUGAAAAGGCAAUUACACUACUAGUCAAAAGUUUUUGCACACGCUGGAUAUUUUCUACAUUUGCAUGUUACUUUUAACAUUUACAAAAAUUCACUUAGUAUUCUUUACUAACAAAUAAAUUUACCAUAUGUUCACUA